UAACCUCUAAUUCUCUCUUCGUCUGUCCGGUGGCAUCGUGGUGGUAGGUUCACUGAUUUCACCUCUCUCUGUCUUUGUGGUGGCCCCAUGGUUGUGGGUUUUGUAGUGGGUCGGUGAUAGAGGAUAUGGGUUUUUUGUGGGUGUGUUGGAGUUUUGUAGGUUUUGGUUUGGAUUGUUGGUUUGGGUCUGUUGUGGGGUGGUCGGUGGCAGAUUGUUAGAAAGCCACAGAGGAGAUGUGAUGAAGAUUUUGUGGGUUUGAAAUGUUUGUGAAUUUGUUGAUGCAUGUGGUCUGUGGUUGCUGGUUCUGGGUUUGUGGAUGAGUUUUGCUGAUGGGUUUGUGGGUUUUGUUGACGCCAUUGUUUUGCUGGAUGUGUGGUUUUUGCUGAGAAAGUCAUUGUUCUUCGAUUUUUGACUUUUAGGGAGAGGGAUGAAAGAGAGGAGAGAUGUAACGGACGUUACAAACCGUUUGGGGAUAAGGACUGAGAUGGUCAGUUUUUAAAUGUUAUGGACUUGAUUGAUAUUUCCUCAAACCUCAUGGAAUGUUUGUGAAAUUUGCCCUAUAUUGUAUGUAAUCGUGUCUCUUUCACAUCCUCCAAAAACAUCUUUCAAAACCCACAAACAAACCCGAACAUCCAAAUUUCUCUGUCUCUCUAUAUGCAAAUCUUCCUGUAAUAUUAUCGAAUGGAUUUGAGGAGGCUUUGCAGUAUCACCAAACCCACCCCAAUCUUCUACCCCAUCACCCGCCCUUUAACCUGCGUGACCUCUUCACCCUCCCACAACAACCAAAACCAGCCUCCUCAGCCUCAGCCGCCAUUAGAGCUCGAGAGCUAUCCACCAAAGCCUCCCAAUCAGAGUUUGCUCAACUGGGUAUCUUCUAUUCUCUCAAACCCAUCUUUAGAUUCUUCUAAAUGUAAAUCCCUCAUACCCCAUUUGUCCCCUCACCACUUUGAUACUAUUUUAUUCUCUGUAGCUCUUAUUAACUCCAAUGCCAACCCCAAAACCACUCUCCAUUUCUUUUAUUUUGCGUCUCAAUCUUUUAACUUUCGCUUUACUUUGAGAUCUUAUUGCAUUUUGAUUCGUUUGCUUAUUCUAUCCAACUUGGUUUCGCCUGCAAGAUUGCUUUUGAUUCGUUUGAUUGAUGGGAAAAUGCCUGUUUUAUCCUAUGCUAACACAAAGAACCUACAUAUUGAGAUUGCCACUGUGAUGGCAGAUUUUAACUCGACCACGACGCCCCAGCGGGCUCUUGGGGUUCAGGUCUCGGAUUUGCUGGUACAUGUUUAUUGUACCCAGUUUAAAAAUCUGGAUUUUGGUGUUGAUGUGUUUUGCUUAUUGGCUAGAAAGGGUAUGUUUCCGUCUUUGAAAACUUGCAAUUUUUUGUUGAGUUCUUUGGUGAAGGCAAAUGAGCUUUCAAAGAGUUAUGAAGUGUUUGAAAUGACUUGUCAAGGAGUUUCUCCUGAUGUUUACUUGUUUAGUACUGCAAUUAAUGCGUUUUGUAAGGGUGGGAAGGUUGAGGAUGGGAUUGGGUUGUUCUUGAAAAUGGAGGAGGUGGGUAUUGUUCCAAAUGUUGUUACAUACAAUAGUAUUAUUCACGGGCUAUGUAAGAAUGGGAGAUUAGACGAAGCAUUCCACUUCAAAGAAAGGAUGCUAAGAAACAAUGUGAAACCUAGUCUUAUAACAUAUAGUGUACUUAUUAAUGGUUUCGUGAGGCUGGAGAAAUUUGAUGAAGCGAAUCGUGUUUUGAAAGAAAUGUUGGACAAGGGUUUUAUCCCGAAUGAGAUUGUAUAUAACACACUGAUUGAUGGGUAUUGUAAAUCAGGAAAUAUUAGUGAGGCACUGAAGAUAAGGGGUGAUAUGGUAAGUAAGGGGAUAAUGCCUAAUUCUGUCACUCUUAAUUCUCUUACACAGGGUUUUUGCAAGAGUAAUGAAAUAGAACGUGCUGAGCAUAUUUUAGGGGAAAUGUUAUUAAGAGGGUUAAAUGUAAGCCAGGUUACUUAUACGGCAGUCAUAAAGGGAUUAUGUAUGAAGGCUAGGCUUGAGUCUGCACUACAAUUCACUGAGGAGAUGCUAACAAGAAACCUCAGACCCAGUGAUAGGUUGCUCACCACAUUGGUUGUUGAACUUUGUAAGGAUGGAAAGCAUACAGAAGCAGUAGAACUUUGGUUUAGGCUAUUGAAUAAAGGUUUGGCAGCCAAUACGGUGACCUCAAAUGCUCUAAUUCAUGGACUUUGUGAAGCGGGAAACAUGCAAGAGGCUGUUAAACUGCUCAAGGAGAUGCUGGAGAGGGGUUUGGUAUUGGAUAGGAUCACAUAUAACACACUUAUCUUGGGGUGUUGCAAACAGGGGAAAGUGGAGGAAGCUUUUAAGCUUAGGGAGGAGAUGGCUAAGAGACAAAUUCCACCAGACACCCAUACUUACAAUUUGCUAAUACAUGGGUUGUGUAACAUGGGUAAAGUGGAUGAUGCGGUAAAGCUUUGGGAUGACUGCAAUAGAAAUGGUAUGGUUCCCAAUGUGUAUACAUAUGGGGUCAUGAUAGAUGGAUAUUGUAAGGCGAAUAGAAUUGAAGAGGGUGAAAACCUAUUCAAUGAGUUGGUUAAUAAAAACAUGGAGCUAAAUAUUAUUGUUUAUAAUACACUAAUAAGAGCAUACUGUAGAAAUGGGAAUAUGACUGCUGCAUUUAAACUUCGUGAUGACAUGAAAAGCAAGGGCAUUCCACCUACUUGUAACACAUAUUCUUCUCUUAUACAUGGAAUGUGCAACAUUGGUUGUAUUGAGGAUGCAAAAGACCUUCUUGAUGAAAUGAGAAAGGAAGGUUUGCUGCCAAAUGUCGUUUGUUAUACUGCACUAAUUGGUGGUUAUUGUAAGCUUGGUCUGAUGGAUAAAGUUCGGAGUGUCUUGCUGGAAAUGUCUUCGUGUAACAUACAUCCUAAUAAAAUUACCUACACUGUCAUGAUUGAUGGGUAUUGUAAAUUGGGCAAAACAAAAGAAGCAACUAAGCUUUUACAUGAUAUGGUAGAAAGGGGAAUUCUCCCUGAUGCUGUCACAUAUAAUGCCUUGACAAAUGGGUUUUGCAAAGAAAGGAAGAUAGAUGAAGCAUUUGAAGUGUGCAAUCAAAUGUCCAAUGGAGGAGUAUCUUUAGAUGAAAUUACAUAUACCACACUGAUUCAUAAUUGGCCUCAGCCCUCAACAAUUGCAAAUCAAGACUAAUCAUGAAAUCUCAAGAGGUUAUUUUAUUUUUCUCUUAGGGAAGCUGAUUGUAACCCAAUGAACAGUCGUUGGUAACCUUCUCUUUGAGAUUCAAGUAUGAUCGUGGAACUUCUGCAGCCUCCUGUGCUCUCCGCAAAAUUGCUGUUGGUUAUCUAUAUGAGUGUUUGCCUUUAUCUUGGACCAGAUUGAUAACCAGCAGAAGAAACAAUAUCUUCUGCUUCACUUUGAAGGAGGUCAUAUUAAGACAAUCAGAUAAAGCAGAAUACCAGGAUUCUGGUGAUGAGAAGAUUCUUAAAUUACUAUUUAACCACUUUGAAAGUGAGGAAGAAGGUGUUAGUAAUGUUGAAACAGAGCGACCGGGGAAAAUUGCACUCAUUGAACCUGAAAAACUUGUUACUGCACUUAAGGGGCUAAUGUGAAAACGAUUCCAAAUCGGUACUUGUUGAUUGAUACUAGUGGAGGCUUGAAUCAACAAAGAACAGGGAUAACAGAUGCUGUUGUUGCAGCUUACAUAUUGAAUGCUACUCUUGUUGUUCCCCAACUGGAUCAGAAAUCUUUUUGGAAGGAUACCAGUGAGUUUGCUGAAAUCUUUGAUGUGGACCAAUUUAUCUCCUUUCUUUCAAAAGAUGUUAAAAUCUUAAAGAGAUUGCACCAAACGGAGGGAAAGUCUUGAGUCCAUAUACCAUGCAUGUUCCAAGGAAGUGUAAUCCAAAAUGCUACCAGAGCCGUGUUUUACCUGUUCUUAUAAAAAAGCAUCAAUUUCUACUUCAAAUUAAAAAGAAAAAGAAAAAGAAAAGACAUUUCAGCAUGUUUUGAUGGAUACUUUCAGAAUUGAGGCUGUUCGGCUCUCUAAGUUUGAUUACAGGCUUUCAAACAAGUUGGGUACUCAAUUACAAAGGCUGAGAUGUAGAGUUUACUACCAUGCUUUAACAUUUACCGAUUCUAUUGUUGAAAUGGGAAAAAAGUUGGUGGGGAGGAUGAGGAUGAAAAGCAAGCAUUUCAUUGCCCUGCAUUUGAGGUUUGAACCUGAUAUGCUUGCAUUUUCUGGAUGCGAUUAUGGUGGGGGGAGAAAAAGAAAGAAUUGAACUUGGUGAAAUACGGAAGAGGUGGAAAACUUUACAUACAAGGAACCCUGACAAAGUUCGAAGGCAUGGACGAUGCUCACUCACUCCGGAGGAAAUUGGUCUUAUGCUAAGAGCAUUGGGUUUUGGAAGUGAUGUUCACUUGUAUGUGGCAUCAGGUGAAGUAUAUGGAGGUGAAGAGAUAUUGGCACUUCUCAAAGCACUCUUCCCAAAUUUUCAUUUAAAAGAAACCAUAGCCAGCAAGAAGGAAUUGGCUCCAUUUUCAUCAUUUUCUUCUCGCAUGGCUGCACUUGACUUCAUUGUUUGAAAUGAAAGUGAUGUUUUUGUCACCAAUAACAACGGCAAUAUGGCUUGAAUGUUAGCCGGGCAAAGAAGAUACUUUGGGCACAAACCAACAAUCCGUCCAAAUGCUAAAAAGCUGUACCAGUUGUUCAUGAACCGAAAUAACAUGACAUGGGAAGAGUUUGCCUCCAAAGUUCGAACUUUUCAGAUUGGCUUCAUGGGAGAGCCAAAUGAGGUGAAGCCUGGCAGGGGUGAGUUUCAUGAGAACCCUGUAUUGUGCAUAUGUGAGAAGUCCGGGAAAAAGGCCAAGGUGGUGUUGAUUCUCCAAAAUGAAACUCAUAAUCGCAAUACAAGUGGUGAGGAGGAUAACACAAUAAAGAUAAUGGUGAUGUGACAGACUAGCAGUCAAUGGAGGAUGAGCUAGAAUGGUCUGAUAUGGAUUAUAUGGAGAAUGUAAAUAGGCUUCAAGGGAAAGGGUUCCCUAAUGGAUAAAUAGAUUAAUCUUAGGACAGAUGGGUAGAGUACAAAAUUCAAACUUUCUGAUUUUGGUUUUUGGGAUAAUUUGUAAUAUUUUGACUUUUAAGGGAUGAAAACAGAACUUAGACCAAAUUUCAGAUAAAAGGUAUUUGUGUAUAUGUGUGCGCGCACGCGUGUGAUGACACUCCAGUCAGACACGGUGUUUGUUAUUAAAUUUUGUUACAAUCCGCCUUUUGCAUGGUGCCUAUAAAGAGCUACUGAUCACGAUUGAAGGCUGCCACUACUACCAGUACCAUGGUUACCUUCAAAUUUAAAGCAGCUAAAUUUUGAACUAUAGAUUCUAUAACAAAGUGAUACUUAUCCACUAACAAGUGUCUCUGUUAAAUCAUUUGAUCUUGGCUGCACCUAGCUGUGGCAAAUGGUUAUUUGGGAUUUUGCUUCAAAAUUAUGUUAUUUAGCAUAGACUACUCCUUUUGAGGAGUCUGUAAAGUUUUGGUAAUUUCAUGAAAAUCUGAGGAGUGUAGGCACCUGAAGUUAACAUUAGCAAAUUGCCUUGAAAAGCUGUCGUUCUGUGGUAGACCACGUAUAUUUCACUUUGAUUGUUUUAUUGUUCAACUAGUGGAGGAUAUGUACGUUUUCUCAAUAUAGAUUUUGCUAGUUGUUUUCAUAAAUCUUCUUUUCCAGGUGUCUGAUAAAGUGUCAUAAGUAUGAAUUUCUGUAUGAACAUGUUGAGAGAAUUUUCACUUGGAAAAGGUUUGUAGUAGCAUCUGGGUUGGUUGUAUGUUGCUAAGUGUCUAACUUUACUCUGAUGAAGUUCAAGGACUGAUUUUAAAGUAUGUAUU